AUGAGCAAAACAUUCGAUCAACCAAUUAUUAAGCAAGAAAGGUGGACCAAACUAUACAAUGUUCCUUUCAAACAUGGCAAAGAAUCGAUAUUGGCACCGAUUUCAACAUCGUUAUACUACACUUGUAGUCAAAUUGCAAUUGGAUUAGAUUAUACUCUCGAAUCAAAUGGUGAUAGUGAGUUUGACAAAAAGGCUUAUAGAAUAUUUAACAUAUUAAAGGAUGAGCUUCCAUUGGUACCAAAGCCAAAAAUGACGGAAGGUGAACAUUGUUGUUUUUACCUUCAUCCACUAUUAAAACCUUUUUUCUGUCGCAGCUUCAAAAACUAUGAAGUAAGAUUAAACAAAUCUGUCAAUAACUCUCUCAAGAGACCAGAUUUUAGUUGCAGAAUUGACAAUAUCACCAUAUUAAACUCUGAAAUAAAACCAAGUGGCUAUACUCCAUUCCAGAAAAACAAAGACUUUGUUAAAAUUAAUACACGAGCAAAACAUUCGAUCAACCAAUUAUUAAGCAAGAAAGGUGGACCAAACUAUACAAUGUUCCUUUCAAACAUGGGUAUAUGUCUGUCAUAA